AUGGAGGAGCUAUUGGCAAAACAUCGCAAGGAGCAAAAAGAGCUCCAAGGCCGCAUCACUCAGAAGAAAAAGUCCGCCACAAAAAAGACUCGCAAGGGCGUCAAUGAUGAUUGUGAGCGCAUGCAACGAGAGCUCUCAGAAAAACACCAAGCGGAGAUCGCAGAAUUAAUCGGAGGCUCAACUGAGCCAGUUGAAGCUUUGGAAGACCUCAGUAUAGAGGACGAAACACCAGCCGACUCCGAACCCACCGAGAACAAUUCCCCUCAAGCCACAGAACAAACACCAAACUCGGAAGAGCAAAGCCAACGAGGCAAGAAGCCCAAUCGCCAAAAGGCUCGACUAGCGCGACGAGCAGCAGAGCAAGUUGCUGCCGCAGAAGCAGCCGCCGAAGAAGCCGCCAACCAAACAGACUACAGAGGCAAUGAGAAAGAGGUGAUGGAAGCUGUAUUCAAGAAGCUUGGGCUGAAAGAAACUGAGGUCAAUCCCGACGGACACUGUCUCUAUUCGUCUGUUGCCAAACAAUUGGACGAAUCCGGACUCGGUUUGCGGCCGGACCCAAGCCGAAUUAUCCUCCAGCCGACAACACAAUCGCGCAUCGACACCGUCGCGUCACCACAGCAUGACGGCUACCGGGCUGUCCGAGCAGUUACAGCAGACUUUAUUCUGGAAAAUAAGGAUGACUUUGAGGCGUUCAUGGAGGAAUCAUUGGAUGAAUAUACGCGGAAGAUUAGACUGACUGCGGAGUGGGGUGGCCAAUUGGAAUUGCAGGCGAUCGCUCGUGCCUACGGAGUGGAUAUUAAUGUUGUUCAAACCGAUGGACGGAUGGAAAAGAUCGAGGCUGGCGACAUGGAUAGCUUCGAUGAGGAAGAAAAACGCCGGCGCGUUAUUUGGUUGGCCUACUACCGACACUCCUACGGACUUGGUGAGCACUACAAUGCUCUCACCAAGCAGUCCUAG